UUGAUUUUAUUGCAAUAGCUGUUGAGCAUUUAUAAUCUUGGUUCCAGGCCCCUUUAACAUCUGGCCCUGCCUCUCCCUGGGCUGCCCCCUCCUUGAUGUCAAGCAAGUGGGAGGAAGCCUAAUUUCUCAGGGGAUCCGGGGCCAAAGGGCGGGGCUUGCUUCCUCCUUUGCCACCUCGGGGGAAACUCCAGGGUUUCCGGGGCUCUCUGAGCGGAGAGGAGGAGAAGGAGGGACGUGAACCCUGGGGCGGAGAAGGGAGGUGCGGCCGAAGUUCCCCCCUCACCUGGAGGUGGUGGGGUGCUGUCAUUGAAGAGCCUGUGAGUCUGCAGCCCGGCAGAGGGGAAGAGAAGGGAGCUGGAGGGCCCGCAGCCGGAAAAGGACGGUGCCUGCUUGAGCGAGCCGGGGAGGCGAUCCGCUUGGCCUUCUGAAGCCGGGUGGCAGGACCCAUGGCGUCCACUGCCCUCUGGGCCCACCACUGGGCAGGACUCCUGCUCUCAGCCUCGCUUUUGACCACAUGGAGCCUGCCAGCUGCAGCCCAGCUCACCCUUGCUGACAGACUGCCUAAAGCCACCCGAAGCUCACUGGCCAAGCCCACCAUUGCAGUCAGCCAGGGCACUGCCAUAGAGCACAGGGAAGGGGUGAGCUUCUACUGUGACACCAAGGACGUCAAUAUUACCAUCUACUGGGUCUCCAACAAUCACCCCUUGAAGUUCGAUGAGCGCAUGUGGCUGUCCACGGAUCGCAAGAACCUCACCAUCCUCACUGUCCAGCGGGAGGAUGCAGGGACUUACCAGUGUGAAGUUUGGGGUGUCCUCCAGGUCCAGAGCAGCAACCCCACCUUCCUGAUUGUGUACUAUGGUCCUGACCCUUUUGAAAUCAAGUUGGAGCCUGGUGUACCCAAUGGGGAGGCAGUUGAGGUGAUAGAGGGCUCCAACUUGACCUUCUCGGUGGAAACACUGUCUCAUCCACACCCUGACUAUUCAUGGUUUUUCUCCAAUGACUCCAAGCCCAUCACGAGCUUGAGUCCCACCACGAGCACGUUUACCCUCCAUGCUGCAUCCAAGGAACACGAGGGCCUGUACAGGUGCUUGGUGUCCAACAAGGCCACCAACCUGUCCCGUCUGGGUGCCCUUAAAGUCCGCGUCCUUGAAAGAGUGACCAAGCCUUGCAUCACAUCCCCAAAUCUGAAUCUUGUGGAAAAUGCCAGCCUGGUGGUCCUGACCUGCCAGACCAGCCACGAGGGGGUUGGAGUCCAGUGGUUCCUGAGGGGCCAGCCCCUCCUGCCCAGCCCGCACCUGGUGCUGUCAGCUGACAACAGGACCCUGGUCAUCCACGGCCUCCGGCGAGACGACGCGGGGCCCUACGAGUGUGAGGUCUGGAACUGGGGCAGCGGGGCCCGGAGCGACUCCUUCAGGCUGAACAUCAGCUAUGGCCCUGAUCGAGCGGACAUCACCAGGGGCCCGGCGUCCGAGGCAGUCAGCACCAUCAAGGCAGAGUUCAACUCCAGCCUGACCCUGCAGUGUCGGGCUGAAUCCCAGCCAGAUGCUGAGUUUCACUGGACCCUCGAACACUCCACCAGUGUGUGGACGGGGGAGCAGCUGGUCAUCGAGGCCCUGACCUGGGAACACCAGGGGAUCUACAACUGUGUGGCUUUUAACUCCCUGACCCACCUGGCCAGCUCCGCCUCCGUCCGGGUCAGGGUGAUGGGUCCCCGGUUGUCCCAGUCUAUAGGGGCCAUCACUGGCAUUACCAUCGGGAGCCUGGCUGUUGUUGCCCUGGCCACAGGGCUGGCCUGUUUCCUCUACAUAAGAUAUGCCAAAGGGUCCUCAAGGAGAACAACAGAGGACCUCAUCCUUGAGGCCAUGACACCCACCUCUGAAACGACUCAUCCUGCAGAGCCUGGUCGCAACUGGCCCAUGCCCACGUAUGCCAAUGUACCCAACACUCAAGAACAGGUCCGAGUCAAAAAGGUGCUGACACAGGACCCUCCAGGGGAGUUCCAUGAGAAGGAAUCAUCUUCAGCGGUCCAUGGGGGCUAUUCUCGUGGCCCCAGGAAGCCACAGCCCAAACUGGCAUCGGAUCCAUCAGUCCCAACUCUACCAAAGGGAAACACAGAGUCAAACUAUGAGGUGCUGGUGAAUCCAGAGCACAACCUUUACUGCCACAUCAACUCCUCCGUCUAACAGAAGCAGAGAUCGUCUCUCCAGAAAUCCUGAAGAAAUCACGCCCAAUCAUAUUUUCAAUGACUUUUAUUGCAUGCAUAUUGUACUCCAGCCUAUCUCUUUGUAGAGCUUGUGACAUUCUGUUUCGAUGUGUUUUCCAGGCCCUGGACCCUAGCUCCCAUCAAAUCUCAGGCUUUGGACUCCUGUUUCUUUAAAUGCAAUAGAGACAAGGCAAAAGUGACCUAGAAUGAGACGGCCAAGAUCCGACACCCAGGAGUUGGGGAUGCCAUAGUGUUUGCCCAUCCUUGGCAAACACUGUUGAUAGAUACGGUAUCCAAGGAGAAGUGUGAGUCCGAUAAGAUAGAGUAUGGGGUGUAUGCAGGGGUCCGAUAAGCCGUGUCUUUUCAAAUCAUGGUAGAGAAGAAAGAAAAAGGAGCUAUUAAGAGU